AUGGUCAAAGCAAUAGACGCUGUUCGUGAAAAGAAAAUGGGAUGGAAAAAAGCUUGUAAACAAUUCAGUGUGCCCAAAACUACUCUUAUGAGAUUAUCUAAUGUUAAGUACGGUACACCUGACGAGGCAGUUAAAGUAAUGAGGGGCAGACCAACAGUUUUGAAUAAAGGUAUAGAAGAGGAGCUAGUUACUUACUGUCUUGCGAUGAAGGCAUCUUUUUUUGGACUCACACGUACAGAUCUUCAUAGACUCGCUGUGCAAUUGGCAGAAAGAAAUCAAAUCACUCACCCAUUCAAAAAUGAAAUUGCAGGGAAGAAGUGGGUUCGUCUUUUCCUACAAAGGCACAAGUCUAAGCUAUCUGAAAGGAAGCCGAGUGGGACUUCUUAUAGCAGGGCUCUUGGGUUUAGCAAGGAAAAUGUUGAAAUGUUUUUUGGUCUUUUGGAUGAAGUUUAUGAGAAGGGAAAGUUUACUCCUGAUAGAAUUUAUAAUGUUGACGAGAGUGGAAUAACAGUUGUCCAAUCAAAAGUAGCAAAGGUUGUUGGUCUUAAGGGGAAAAAACAGGUUGCUUCCUUGACUUCAGGAGAGCGUGGAGCGCUAAUCACUAUUGUAGCUUGCAUGAGUGCCAGUGGUUCUUUUGUGCCCCCCUUGGUAGUUUUCCCCAGAAAGAAUAUGAGCGAGAAUCGUAAAAAAGGAGCUCCAGUUGGCACUAUUUUUAGCGCUCAUCCUUCUGGAUGGAUUCAAACCAACUCUUUCACACAGUGGUUUCGACAUUUUAUUGAGUUCUCCAAUCCCACAGAAGAAAAACCUGUGCUCUUGUUGCUGGAUGGGCACUUCAGCCACACACAAAACAUUGAUUUAAUUGACCUGGCAAAAGAAAAUCAUGUGACCAUUCUUUCUCUGCCACCCCACUGCUCCCACAAACUCCAGCCAUUGGACAAGACCUUCAUGGGUCCAUUGAAAGUCCACUACAGCGAAGAAAUCAGAAAGUGGCUCAGAAUUAACCAACGUCCUGUUACAGCAUUUGAUGUUAUGGAGUUAUUUGGCAAGGCCUACAUCAAAUGUCAGAGAGCUGAAGUAGCGAUCAAUGGAUUCAAAGUAACUGGGAUAUGGCCGUUGAACAAAACAAUAUUCUCGGACGCUGAAUACAUAGAAGAAGCUAACAAACACAGAGAUUCCUCUUUUUAUGAAGGUGUAUUGAAUAAUAAAAGUAAAACUAUUUGUGAAAAUCUGAACCCACCAACAAAUGAGAACCAAAGUACUCCGAGUGAACAAGGUGCUGUUCAAGUGUGUGACUGA